AUGUUUAAAGAAGCUUGUGUAGACCACAUUAUACGCAUCAAAUCUGACCAUGCCCCUAUUCUACUCCACUACAAUGAUUUCACAACAAAAAAGAAGAAGAAAAAGAAAAAAGGUUUCAAAUUUGAGACCUUUUGGCUCACAGACGAGGCUUGUGAAGAAAUUGUCAAAGAUGCGUGGGAGGGGAAUGAAAAUUCGGACAUAAUGGGCAAGGUGACUGUGGUGGGAAGAAGGUUGCAAAUGUGGAGUGAUGAACAUUACAACAAGCUGGGUAAGCAGAUAGCAGAUACCGAGUAUGCUCUUCAAAAGGCACAAGAAAGGCCGAGCAAUGAAGAGAGUUGUAAAACUUGCAUUGAGCUUGAGCAGAAGUUAGAAGAGUUAGAAGGAAAAUAUGAGUCAUAUUGGCACAUAAGAUCGAGAGUUGCGGAGGUAAGGGAAGGGGACAAAAACACGAGAUAUUUCCACCACAAAGCCUCUCAACGUCAAAGAAAGAAUACUAUAAGUGGUCUUUGGGACGGGAAUGGUAUCUGGAGAGAAGAUGAGGAGGAGAUAGCCACCAUCGUCAGCGACUACUUUGAAGAUAUUUUUACAUCUUCGAAGCCAACAAAUGCUGCCUUUGACCACGUGCUCACCAAAGUACGAGCUGUAAUUUCACAGGCCAUGAAUGACAGACUCACGAGACCAUAUACGAAGGAAGAUGUUCAGUUGGCUCUUAAGCAAAUGCACCCUAGCAAAGCCCCGGGUCCGGACGUGAUUAGGUUGAAAGAUGUGUUAAAAGAGAUUAUUUCUGAAAAUCAGAGUGCCUUUGUUCCGAGUCGUUUGAUUACUGAUAAUGCUCUUAUUGCUUUAGAAUGUUUCCAUUCUAUGAAGAAGAGAAGUAAGGGGCGAAAGGGCCAUAUCGCUAUGAAGCUAGACAUGAGCAAGGCUUAUGAUCGGGUUGAAUGGGGUUUUUUACGGCAACUAUUGUUAAAAAUGGGUUUUGAUGGGAGAUGGGUCAACUUGAGUAAGGCAGAAAAAGGGGAUAUUCAUGGUGUGAAGGCUAGCAGAAAGGGUCCGGAAAUUUCUCAUCUUCUCUUUGCAGAUGACAGUUUACUCUUUACUAGAGCUACCCGACAGGAAUGCUCAAACAUUGUUGAUAUUCUCAACCAGUACGAAGCAGCAUCAGGGCAAAAAAUUAACUACGAAAAGUCGGAAGUAUCUUUUAGCAGAGGGGUGAAAACUGAGCAAAAAACAGAGAUUUUGGGGAUUCUGAAUAUGAAACAGGGUUGGAAGGAAAAGAUGCUAUCCCAAGCUGGGAAAGAAAUUCUUUUGAAGUCCUUAAUCCAAGCGAUUCCUACCUACCUUAUGGGUGUGUACAAAUUUCCCAUAGAGGUGGUGAGAAAGAUUCAUUCAGCUAUGGCUAACUUUUGGUGGGGCCAAAGUGAGGAUCGAAAGCGCAUACAUUGGAAGAGUUGGGACUCAAUGUGUACUCUUAAAUGUUUAGGAGGCAUGGGGUUCCGAGAUUUAGAAGUUUUCAAUGUGGCCCUUCUAGGUAGACAAGCAUGGAGAGUGUUGACAAACACCACCUCACUUCUUAGCCGAGUGUUGAAGGCUAAAUACUAUAACAAUUCGGACUUCCUUGGCGCUUAA